AUGGGCUACUGCAUCGCGAAAGGCGCCGACUGUGGCAACAAGGUUGUCUGGAAGGCGCGCCCGGACGAGAGCGUCGGUGUGGUUGCCAAGCGCGGCGGCCGCUACUGCGUCGUCGAGUACAGCGAGAUGGACAAGGCGACGAGCGAGCUCCGCGAUGCGGCGAGUGGCCAGCUUGUCUACGGCGCGGCCAACAUUUGCAACCACUUUUACUCCAUGGAGUUUCUCCAACGCUGCUGCAGUGGCGAGCACUUGAAUACGUACCACGUGGCACACAAGAAGAUCCCGCACGUCGACUUGACGACCGGGCUUUUGGUCGACAAGCCGACAACCAACACGGGCAUCAAGCUCGAAGCGUUCAUCUUUGACGUGUUUGGCCUCGCGACCAAGAUGCAAAUCCUGGCCGCAACGCGCGAGACAGAAUUCGCGCCUGUGAAGAACGCGGCGGGCGCGGCCGUCGACUCGCCCGGCACGGCACGGACCAUGCUCUCUGAACGAUGCAAGGCGUGGGUGGUGGCGGCCGGUGGCUCGUUUACCAACGCGGACGGCCUCUGCGAGAUUGACCCGCUCGUGUCGUACGAUGGCGAAGGCCUUGAGAGCUACGUGCGGGCGCCGCUGACGCUGCCUUUGUACAUUACACUGCCGACGACCAAGGUCCGGGCCAGCUCCAUCUCUAAGCCGCGCCCGAGUUUCUCGAGCUCGCCGACCGGCACCGACGAGACCAAGACCAAGAAGAAGGACAAGUGCGUCAUCAUGUAAGAAACGAGUGCAUAAGAAGAUCUAGCAGCGCAAAAGCAACGUGUUUAUAUACAUACAUAAUACCUUUGCAAGUAUGAUAAUUGCGUAACGAGUCCGA